AUUUUUAUUUUAUUUUUGUAAAGAAUUAGGCGCUCUCUUUCCGGGCUUAUGCAACACUCAUCACGUGUUGUACAAAGAGGCGGAGCUGGGGCAUUCCCAGUCCAAGGCAAUAAUGAAAAGUCUGCAAACGGCGCUUUGAGAAGAACACAUUGCAGCUGGACUGGACAUCACUGAGAAGUGCUUUUAAUGUACAACACGAUGUCACGACUGGCGAAUUGUAUUUUAACUGCAUCCACGUCCCUCUUCGACGUCCCGCCAUCAGUGAUAGAGCGCUUUUGUAAAAUACUAGACAGCAGUGAUGGAGAUCUUGGCUGGAGGGGUCUCGCUGAGCGGAUGUUGCCGGACUGGCUGGAGGUGCGUCGAUUGGAGAGGAUGAGCGAGCAGGGGAAGAGCCGGACCCGUGAGCUGCUGUGGAGCUGGGCACAGAGGAACGGGACCGUGGGAGACCUCAUGCACAUACUGCAAGACAUGGACCAUCAGAGGGCUAUACAGCUCUUCAAACAGCAAGGGUUAACAGCUGCAUCUUCACCUUGGAGGUUGAAGGCUGGAGAAAUCUCUGAUCAUAGGGGAUGUUAUCAGAUGGGGAAUAAUGCUGAUGCUUGGGAGCUGGCUGAUGAAUCCCGCGCUAGACCAGGAGCAAAACAGCAGCCGUUGAUCAGCUAUCCUGACAUUAUCGAGGGCACCAGGAACUUUCACCAAGACCUGAAGAUUGGAGAGGGGACCUUCUCAGAGGUGUAUAAAGCAGUGAUGAGGAACCAGACAUAUGCUGUGAAGUUAUUCAAGCAGGGAAAACAGACUGAAUGGAAAAAACUCUGGAAACUCUUCAUGUCGGAAAUAAACGUUCUGCUUUUAUACCACCAUCCACACAUUGUUGAACUGAGUGGUUACUGCUCAGACAGUGGGAGCUACUGCCUGGUCUAUCCCUACAUGCACAACGGCUCUCUGCACAGCAGGCUCCACUGUUCGUCGGACAAGCCCACAUUCCUUCCUUGGGAGACACGCCUCAACAUUGUCAAAGGAACAGCACAAGCCAUCCAGUAUCUGCAUACAGCCCAGCCCUGCGCUGUCAUAUGUGGCAACAUCACCAGUGCAAAUAUAUUGCUGGAUGAACGCUUUGAACCCAAGCUGUGUGACUUUGGCAUGGCCAGCCUGAGGCCUCACUCUGUUAAUCAGAGCUGCACCAUCAUCCUGGACCCCGGCACCCGCAGAGCCUGGGGGUACCAGCCAGAGGAGUACAUCCGGGAUGGCAAGCUGUCAGUCAAACUGGACGUCUACAGCUUCGGGGUGGUGAUCAUGGAGGUGUUAUCAGGGAGAAGAGCUAUGCAGGAGGGCCCGCGACACACUCUGUUGAGGGAUUUGGUCACAGAGGCGGUGGAGAGAAGUGGUGGUGUUGACUCCUGUCUGCAGUUUCUGGAUGAGAGGGCUGGUUCCUGGCCCCAUGCUGUCUCACUGAAGCUCUUCCACUUAGCGAUCGACUGCACAGCAUCCCGUGCCAGAGUCAGGCCACUGAUGACCACUGUGUUGGAAGUGUUGAGUGAACUGAACCCAGCCUGUUACUCAGCAGAAGAUCAGCCUCAUACACUGAAAGACAUGGAGGCUCCUCCUCUGACUUACGGACAUGUCCGCAUGAGCCUGCCAGUGGAGAAUGAUGAAAUCCAGGAUUUUCCUUUCCAAACCCCAGAGCUGAACACAGACGGUUCUCGUCAGAGGGAGCAGAGAAGAGCCCAGAAGAGCCCGUGUGAGUGCAGCCAGUCGGAGGUCACGUUCAGAGGAAGUGACUCUGGGAUGAAUGCAAAGGGAAGUGAGGCAAUUGCCAGCGAGUCACCCUACAGCGUGUGGAGGUUCCUGCUCCCGGAAAGCAGAGCCGAGGACUGGCCUGCGUCUCAGAGGCUGCCAGGCCCUUGUUGCAGCAGAGCGGUGGAGUGCAGCUGUGCCUCUGAAGAAGCUGGAGGAGAGUGUGAGGAAUGCAAAGCGAGUGGGUUCCUCUUACCAACAGCUGAUACCCCCAGAGACAUCAUCCAGUCAGCUGACAGAAGAUGAGUGUUAUGAACAAUAGUGUGCAAACCUCAGGAACGCCGCGUCACAGAGACAACCUUCUCUGUCAGCUUUUUAUUUAAACUAUUGCAAGAAUAAUGUACAGUAUGUCAAUAUUAUAAAAUACAUUUAAAAAUAUUGAUACAUAUAUUCUGUUUAUUUUUUGUAUUUUGUUUUGUAAUAACGUGCAGUAAUAAAAUGCACUGUGAAAUAAGCCAUUAAUAUGCAUUGGCAAAAAUUUCAACAUAUUUCUAAUAAUUUGAUACUGUUCUGUUACAGUAAUGAAGUGCAUUUGUAUUCCCUGUGGUACUGCACACAUAUCUAAGCUAUGCACAGGUUGCCCAUCAGUUUAUUUGAAUCGUUUCUGGCAGCUUGCAGACAACAUUGUGUCAUGGUGUUUUUGGACCAAGUAUUUGGACCAGUAUUUUCAGAGAUUACUGGUAUUUGAUUCUGAGAUAAGGAGGAGCAAAUGAUUUCAUCAUUUAUGUGAAUUCUGUUUUUAUCUUGAUAUUGUGUAAUACUGAAGUCAACCGACAUCAGUUGAAGCAACAGGAUUUCCACUUUGAUGUCAUUCCUACCAGGUUUUAUUGUCCUUGGAAGCUAAUGUAAACAUAACCUAAUUUAAGAUGUAUUUUGGUGAUUAACUGUUUAUUAUUUAAACUUGCUUUUCAAUAUAGCUUUAACAAUGAAAUGCUUUAAAAUACAUAAUAGGUGUGUAUCACAAAACCCAAGUAGUGAACUUUGAAAAUGACUGUUCAACAGUGCUGUUUACGUUUCUAUAAAACAUCUAGAGUGAUCCACUGUGUGGAAGAUGGCUUUAUUCUGUACAAAUGUGGAAAUAAUAAAAAGGGAUUAAAU